AUGGCGGCCUCUGAGGCGGCGGCGGCGGAUCCCGCGGCUCUCGCCUCGGGCGCCCCGGCCGUCCAGGCGGCCGCGAGGGGAGCCGCCGCCGCCUCGGGCCCGUGGGUGCCCCCUGGGAGGCUGAGAGGCAGCCGGCCGCGACCGCCGGCGGCGAGGCAGCAGCCCGCGGGUUCGACGCCGCCGGCCCGGGAGCUCAUCCAGCCGUCGGUGAGCGAGCUGUCCCGGGCCGUGCGGACCAACAUCCUGUGCACGGUGCGCGGCUGCGGCAAGAUCCUGCCCAACAGCCCCGCGCUCAACAUGCACCUGGUCAAGAGCCACCGCCUGCAGGAUGGCAUAGUAAAUCCAACAAUAAGAAAAGAUUUGAAAACUGUACCGAAAUUCUACUGUUGUCCAAUUGAAGGAUGCCCUAGAGGCCCUGACAGACCAUUUUCUCAAUUUUCUCUCGUAAAACAGCACUUUAUGAAAAUGCAUGCUGAAAAGAAGCAUAAAUGUAGUAAGUGCAGCAAUUCGUAUGGCACUGAGUGGGACUUGAAAAGACAUGCAGAGGAUUGUGGCAAGACCUUCCAGUGCACGUGUGGCUGUCCCUAUGCCAGCAGGACUGCGUUACAGUCCCACAUCUACCGAACUGGCCAUGAGAUCCCUGCAGAACACAGGGAUCCACCUAGUAAGAAAAGGAAAAUGGAAAACUGCCUGCACAGCCAGAAGCUGUCCAGGAAAACCACUGAAUCACUGAGCAACCAACCAAUUCCACGACCAGAUGCUCCAGAACUAGAAACUUCAGAAAUAAAGCUGGUGGCUUCCUUUGAAGACUCUUGUAGCUCUAAUGCCAAACAGCAGACUCUUCCAGCAGCUCCAAGGUACCCUCAGAAGUUGCUUUUACCAAAGCCCAAAGUGGCUUUGGUUAAACUCCCCGUCAUGCAGUUUUCUCCUGUGCCCGUCUUCGUGCCUGCAGCCGACUCCUCGGCCCAACCUGUGGUGUUGGGUGUCGACCAGCAGGGGUCUGCCCCCGGGGCCGUGCACUUACUGCCCUUGUCCAUUGGAACCCUGAUCCUCGGCCUGGAUUCGGAGGCCUGCUCUCUCAAGGAGAGCCUCCCUCUUUCAAAAGUUGUCAAUCCUGUUGCUGUUGAGCCGAUUAGCACAGGUAUUCAAGUGAACUUGGGUAAAAAUCCAUUUAGCCCAUUACAAGAACUUGGGAACACUUGUCAAAAGAACAGCAUUUCUUCCAUCAAUGUACAGACAGACCUGUCCUACACCACACCACAGUUCAUGCCGUCUGCACAGUGGGCCAGCCCUGACUCCUCUGUGUCGUCCUGUUCGCAAACUGAUUUGACAUUUGGUUCCCAGGUUUCCCUUCCCAUUAGUGUUCAAACUCAGACUUUUUUGCCCAGUUCUAAGGUAACCUCAUCCAUCGCUGCUCAGACUGAUGCAUUUAUAGAUGCCAGUUUCCAGCCAGGUGGGAUCUCCAGAGAAACUCAGACCAGCGGAAUGCAAAGUCCAGCAGAGGACCGAGUACAGAUGGACCAAGCUGUAGUGUGUGGAGACAUUUUUGAGAGUGUCCAUUCAUCAUACGGUGUGUCUACAGACAACAUGAUAAGCAGCGGCUUAGUAGCAGAGACUGUAACUCAUGACUUGUUACCUCAGAACCACCCUAAAACUUUAACUCAAGAUAUUGAGAAAUCCACCCCAAUUAUAAACUUCAAUGCACCAAAUAGUAUGCUUUCGUCACAGAACAUGACAGAUAAUCAGACCCAAACCAUGGAUUUAUUAAGUGAUCUAGAAAAUAUCUUGUCAAGUAACCUACCUGGUCAGACGCUGGACAAUCGUAGUCUUUUGUCUGACACAAAUACUGGACCUGACACCCAGCUCCCAUCUGGCCCAACCCAGAAUCCUGCAAUUGAUUUUGAUAUCGAAGAGUUCUUUUCAGCCUCAAAUAUACAGACACAAACCGAGGAGAGUGAGCUUAGCACCAUGACCACUGAGCCAGUCUUGGAGUCGCUGGACAUAGAAACCCAAACUGACUUCUUCCUUGCAGACCCUUCUGCCCAGGCCUACAGUUGUAGGGGGAAUUCUAGCUUCUUAGGCCUUGAGAUGUUUGACACGCAGACACAGACAGACCUGAACUUCUUUUUAGACAGUAGCCCCCGUCUGCCACUGGGAAGUAUCCUGAAACACUCUAGCUUUUCCAUGAGUACUGAUUCAUCUGACACAGAGACCCAGACUGACGGAAUCUCCACUGCUAAAAACCUGCCUGCCCUGGAAAGCAAAGUUCAGUUGAACACUGCCGAAACACAGACCAUGAAUUCUGGCUUCGAAACUUUGGGGAGCUUAUUCUUCACCAGCAAUGAAACUCAGACAGCAAUGGAUGACUUUCUUCUGGCCGAUCUGGCCUGGAACACGAUGGAAUCUCAGUUCAGCUCUGUUGAAACCCAGACGUGUGCAGAACUACACCCAGUCUCCAACUUCUGA